AUGGCAGGGGUGAACGGAGACCGUAAAGGGAAGAAAGAUGAUAAUGGGAUUGGCACAGCCAUUGACUUCAUGCUUUCCAAUGCUAAGCUUGUGCUGGGGGUGGGAGGAGCAGCCAUGCUUGGUAUUGCAACACUAGCUGUUAAAAGAAUGUAUGACCGUGCCAUAAGUGCUCCCACCAGCCCCACCAAGAUGGAGCAGACAGGAAAGAGAAGCUGGGAGGAGCCCGCCUGGAUGGGUUCGUCGCCGCGGGUACUGAACCAUGACAUGAAGUCCACAGUUAGCAGGUCACUACAGUCUCUGCCCACUUCCUCACAUGCUUUUGAACCAGACUGUCUGCGGAGGGCCAUGGGACGAGCUGCUGUGGGAGGCAGUGGGGCCACUCAGUCCGACCUGCUGCGUGCCCGGAUGCGUUUGUCCCUUCAGGAACAUCUGUGGGAGUUCUACCAGACUAAUGUGAACAUUCCCACUGAGGAGCAGGCUAUGGCAAGGAGGGCAGCGCUGGACAUCUGUGCGGAGCUCAGAGUGUUUCUUCAUGCCAAACUGCCGGACAUGCCUCUUAGAGAGAUGUACCUGAGUGGCAGUCUGUAUGAUGACCUGCAGGUGGUGACAGCAGACCAUGCCCAGCUUAUGGUGCCUCUUAUCUUGGAGAAGAAUCUGUGGUCGUCCAUCCCUGGGGAGGACACCAUCAUGAAUGUCCCGGGUUUCUGGCUCGUCCGCAGGGAGAACCUGGAAUAUUUCCCAAGGAAUAGCAGCUACUGGGACCGCUGCAUGGUCGGAGGUUACCUCUCCCCCAAAUCAGUCCUCGAGGUCUUUGAAAAGCUUGUGGCUGGCUCCAUCAACUGGCCAGCUAUAGGGAGUGUCCUUGACUACGUCAUCCGUCCUGUGGUUCCCUCAGAAACGUUGACCCUGGAGGUACAGUAUGAGACGGACAGAAAGCUGUAUGUGGACUUCCUACCAUUACUUGUGAUGGAGGAUGGAACCUCACUGAUCGCUAAACCACAUCGGCUCGCUGCAGAGCGCCAUGAAAACCUGUGGCGGCAGAGCUUCCGAGUUGCUGAAACAGCGCGGCUCAGGGCACUGGAUCAGGAGGACGGAGGCUGCAGAUGCACCUGCCUCAAGGUGGCAAAGGCGGUGUGCAAGCUCAACCCUGCCCUUAACCGGCUAAACGCCAGCCAGCUCACCAACGCCAUCUUGUUGCUGAGCGAAAAAGAAGGUGACUGGACCCAGGAAGCACUGGCUGACCGCUUCCUCCAGCUUCUACGAGCACUAGUGGGACACUUAGAGGCCGGGAGGCUGCCGUGUGCCCUCAGCCCUAAAGUUAACUUAUUUUGUGAGCUGACAGAACAGGAAGUGGACGAGCUGGGGUACACUCUCUACUGUGCCCUCUCAGAUCCUGAGGGGCUGCUGAGAACUGCUGUGGCACAGCCCCCCCUUCCCUGACAACUUAGUCACUACGCAGCAACGCAGCACUGAGAUGUCAGCCAGUGUUUCUGUGGGCAAUAGUGACCUCGAGCCAAAAUGAGGUUCCUGGGAAAAAAAAAACAUUGCAUGGAAUCAUCCUCUCUCCUAAAACACAUGGUCUCUUUAUUCCUAAAUGCCUCUUCACAAACAUCUGUGAGAAAAUGUGAUACACACAGUAGCAGUUACUUGGUGUUCAACAGUUUGACAUCAAAACCGUAUGUGGUGUGAUCAUCCAAAUACUUUAAUCUCAGAUGAAAGUGAAGGGUCAUUGGAGUUCAUGGCUCUCACUAAAGCCAUUGUAUUAAUGAAGCUAAGAGUAGGCAUGCUGUUAGGGCCUAAUACACUGGGACGGAGGGAAGGAACUCUGGAUUGAUGGAUCCAAUUGAUGGGAUAAUGGAAAAUGAAAUGGAUAAUGCCAUAUUUGAGCUCUUUUUAACUGGGCUGGGUUUUAUGAAUGCACGACACGUCUGAUACAGUUAAGGUUACCGUGGUGACGGUGCUGACUGCGAUGGGUCCGUGGGUCGCGGGAUAGGCUGUGAUGUUGACUGUCUGUAUGCCAACCCAAAAGCUAAUAAAUUGUUGGAUCUGCC